AUGAGUCAGCCAAGAAGCACAAAAGGGCUCUCGACUAGCCACCACACCCGAAGUAUGUCGAUGGAAAGCUUCUUGAAAUCUUGUCCGCCUACUCCUGCUCACACUCCCUUGGUUCGAUCGCCCGUCAGAAUACUCGGGAGUGGGUUAUCAGCUUUGACACUCGCACGCAGUCUGUACAAGAAGAAUAUCCCCUUCAAGAUCUUCACAAAGGAUCGUCGGCCUGAAGAGAACUCCAAUCGGCAUGAUUAUAGUAUCUCGCUCCCAGUGUGGAUUGUCAAUGACCUAAGGAAACUGCUGAACAUUAGCGAAAAGAGGUUUCAAGAUCGCCUUUUAGUGCCUAGCACCACACCUUUUCCUCAGAAAACGACCAAUACCAGAGUGAGAGUUCACCGCGGUAUGCUAGAACUUCUUUUGAGGUCACGAUUCAAGCAUGAGAUUGAAUGGAAUUGUGAGAUUAAGAUUAGAUCAAACGGGUCGCCUCGUUUGGUGUUUCCCCCGCAUGUCGAUCCAUUGGAAGGGAAUAUUACGUUCGACUGUAUGGGCGUUCAUUCUCCGAUACAAUGUCCAGGUAGCUAUAGAGAAAUCAGUCCCAUUGUGGUAUUCCGAGGCACCGUCAUCUUGUCAAAGACUUUGUGGAAUCAGAAGUUUCGAGAUUGGUUUCCUGGCAACACAGCGCACAUCCAUAAGAAAUUCGACAGAACCAAUUUGGAUCUCAUAAUCAACCACGUUGAUGCGCACAGCGGGGAAGUGAGCUUAACUUACAUCUAUUCACGGCCUCGGUUAGAUGGUUUAAUAGACACUGAAGAUGAGCUCUGGAAACCGACACGACCAACUUACGAAGCAGCAUCCCCUGUCUUGAUCGAAAAGUUUCUCAACGAAAUCAAAACCUUCCGACUAAAGCAUGAUCUACCUGGUCCUUAUAGCGAGAUUUUUAAUCCCGAAACGAUGAAAGAAAACAGAAUUCUACAUUGGCUGUUGAGAACUCACCAGGUGGACCAGCCAGAACUAAUCAAAUUGUGGACCGGCGAUGAAAAGAUGAUGAAACUAGGCGAUGCUAUAAUAACCAUGCCCAUAGUCGAGACCACUGGUGCUGAACUUGCUAUCUCAGAUGGUUUGGGUGUGGCUGAACAGAUUGAGAGACACGGGGGAGCGGGAUUGCACCGCUGGUUUAUUGAAAGCUGGGAAUGGAAACUUACUGCAUUUCGGGAAAGUAACCGCCAAGUCCACGCUCUGCAUCAUAACAAAGCUUUACAUCCUAGUAAGAGAGACUUUCUCUCCUGUGAGCAAACAUAUGGAGAAGGUUCAGUUCCAUGUGGUGGGAGCGAUAGUAAAUAUUGCUAUGAUCCUACGAUUGGGGAGUCGUGCUGCAUGCAAGAUUAUGGAUACUGUGGUAUAGGAGAUGUCUGCGCGUCGAUUGAGGGUUAUUGCUGUCACAAGGAGGAAAACGAACAAGUCUGUAUGCUUCGUCUCGGCAUCAGCGCCCCCGAUGAUUUCACAUCCGACCCGGAUUCUGCUAUCGAUUCGGGAGACGCAGAUUCCGGAUUGACAUCCGUCGCAUCCUCCUCAUCGGCUUCUCAAUCGCAGUCAGAAUCGCAAUCAACCACAGAAAUGAAGUCGGAUGAUAAAUCGACUGAUCCUGACCUCGGAACUGAAUCAGAUGAUUCGGACGGUAACUCCAGUCCACCCAUGUCCAUGCUAAUAAAUGCGUUGAACUCGGGUCCCCUCGCCGACGAAGAUGCAGGCGAAGACGAAGACGAAGACGAAGACCCAGACUCACUUUUGGACUCGGGAUCAGAUGUCGAUGUCGAUGCUGACACGGGAACUAAUGUGCACCCUGAAUCCACCGCCGUGGCUUUGAGUCGAGAGACUGCAGUAGCGUCUGCGAUGUCCCUUGACAUGACGAACAAGGAUGGGAUUUCUCGUGCUCUAGCUUGGGAUACUUCCACGCUAGUCUCGUCUUCGGUCGCGGGGCAGUCGAGUCGUGCUACGGCUGUGAAUAAUGCUAAUGGGCUGACAUUAUCGGCUCUUCCAUCGCAAUCUAUUUCAGAGGGGCUUAUUGCCAGCGCGACAACUUCUGGCAUUGAGGGAAUUUUCACCGGUGGAGCUAUGCGGAUGGGGAGGGAACCAGGUUUGGAUGGAGGGAUGGCAAGGAGCUGGUUGAUUUGCGGAGUGUCUUUUGUGGUUUGGGUUUUGUUGUGA